UCUUGAGAGCUUGCCCACCUCACAGUUGGUGUGUGAGAGUUGCACCCACACGAGUUACCUACUCACUGUAGCUGGUGGCACAGCAUUUUUGCCGGGUGUGCAGCUCUUUGUCAUAACUGUAGCAGAUAGCAUCGGCCUCAAAUCCGACACAUUUGAUUCAGGCGUAAGCUUUGUCUGCUUUGGUCUCUGACACUUGCUCGCGGAAGUUUUCAGUGAUGGCUAUGCGACAGACUCCACUCACUUGCUCCGGCCACACCAGACCUGUUGUUGAUCUGGCCUUCAGUGGGAUAACUCCUUAUGGAUAUUUCCUCAUAAGUGCCUGCAAAGAUGGCAAACCUAUGUUGCGCCAGGGAGACACAGGGGACUGGAUCGGUACGUUCCUGGGUCAUAAAGGCGCUGUUUGGGGAGCAACUUUGAACAAAGAGGCCACCAAGGCAGCCACUGCAGCAGCAGAUUUUUCAGCUAAAGUGUGGGAUGCAGUGACUGGGGAAGAAGUUCUCACACUGGCACACAAGCACAUUGUCAAGACUGUGGAUUUUACUCAGGACAGUAACUGUCUGCUAACUGGAGGAAAUGAUAAAUUGUUGCGUAUUUAUGACCUCAACAAGCCUGAAGCAGAACCUCAGGAAAUUUCAGGUCACACAUCAGCCAUUAAGAAAGCCCUCUGGUGCAACAAUGACACACAGAUCCUUUCUGGUGGCGAUGACAAAACUAUUCGUCUUUGGGAUAAGACCUCCGGUGAGGCCGUGAAAACCCUGACAUUCGACCUGGCUGUCAGUAGCAUGGAGUACAUUCCCGACGGAGAGAUCCUUGUCAUCACUUAUGGAAAGACGGUGGCUUUCUACAACGCCCACAGCCUGGAGCUUAUUAAGACGGUAGACGCUCCGACCUCCAUCCACUCAGCCUCCCUGCACCCUGACAAGGACUUCUUUGUGGCAGGUGGUGAUGACUUCAAGCUGUACAAGUACGACUAUACCACGAAGGAGGAGAUGGAGUCCUACAAAGGCCAUUUUGGGCCGGUGCACUGUGUGAGGUUCAGCCCAGACGGGGAGCUCUACGCCAGCGGAUCUGAGGACGGUACCCUCCGCCUGUGGCAGACUGCUGUGGGCAAGACGUACGGCCUCUGGAAGUGUGUCCUGCCUGCUUGUGCAACAGAGGAGCUGGUGUCGGAGAACUCCGACACUCUCUACUGCCCACCCGAAAUCAAGGCCUGAUGAAGACCACCUGCCGGCACAGAUGGACGAAUGAAGGAAGCGAGGGAUGGAUGGAUGGAUGGAUGGAUGGAUGGAGAGAGAGAGAAAGAGGGAGGGAAAGAAAGAGACUGCGAGAGGACGGGAACAAAUGGGUGGAUUGAGGAGGCCAGGGUUCCAUUUUCAGGGCCAGAUUGUGCCCACCACCCCUUUACAAUCCCCUGCAAAGGUGCUGUGCCACCCGACUACACCAGGGGCUGACCUAGGUGGAGCGGAGGCUAUGUGGGAAUGUGUCUACUGAUUUCACACACAUACAUGCAUACACACACACACACACACACACCCACACACACAUACAUGCAUACACACACACACACACACACGCACACACGCACACACACACACACACACGCACACACGCACACACGCACACACGCGCACACACACACACACACACACACACACACACACACACACACACACACACACACACACACACACACACACACACACACACACACGCAGGAGGAAGCAGUAGACCUGUGAGGGUGGUAAACUCACAGCUGACGGUCACACUCCAUCCUUUAGCCAAGUCCCAUUCAUUCAUAGCUAUCGCCCUGCUCCCCUGGUAGCACUGUGAUCACUUUGGGCUCUCUAAUCUGUGGUUUCAGAACUGUAAGAAGAAAAAAAGAAAAACAUUGAAAUUUUCAUUUGUGUGUGUUCAGUAAAGGGAAUUAACUCAUGGAAUUAGACACACAUGCACAUACACUUUGUCUUUGAGGAGAUGGUGGUAUGCCCCCCCCCCCAAAAAAAAAAAAAAAUCAAUAAAGAAUAAAAAAGGCUGGUUUUAUUAAUUGGAGAGGUCACUGGUGCGUACUUCUCUCACAAAGAUGUGUUGGGAUUUACAAACUGUAAAAAAUGUCACAGGUUACUCAAGUUCUUUACUGUUGUUUAUAUGUCUUACGUUGAAACACAUGCUUGUUAUUUUGGUGGAUGAAAUAAACUGAUGGUGACUUGC